ACACACAGAGCGCUUACUAUAUAGGGCAGGAGGGACGGUAGUAUCUCCCGUAGCUACACACCGCGCUUCGGCAGCAACGAGGAACUCCUCAAAAUGGCUGCAAUGGUGGACCAUGAACACCUCGCCGUCGACAUUCCCGAGUUUAACAUCCCCCCUGGGCACCACCCGGUGGCUCACCACCAUCACCACGACGACGAGCAGAGGCAGCGUUUCCGACAAGCGUCCGUGCUUCGGCGCUCGGUCUCCAUAAACGAGGAAGGCACCACCCCACCUGCGUCGACGUUGGCACCUCCCUCUGGUGCAGUUCCUCACCAAACCUGCACUCGCUUCUUCCGCUCCGGCUCCAAGCAGUUCCAAAUCGUCGACAACCCCGACGAACUGCCUCCCUGCAACAAAAGCAUCGAUUCCAAUGGCUCCGAAACCGAGUUUUGUGUCAUGGGCAGCCCCCAGCACAUCGCAGCGCUCAAAACAAAAGUCCUCGAGCUGCAGAAAACCGCCCGCGACGCCGAAGACGAAAAGGAACUGGCCCGUCAGCGCGCAGAGCAGAUCAGCGGUGAACUCGAGUCUCACAAAAGCGACCUUCUCCGCUUCACACGCACACUAACCAAUGGAUCCUCCUCCACCGCGACCAUGGUCCACCCGUCCAUCAAACAGUAUGGACCCAUCGAUAUGGAAAUCAUGCCGACGGAGGAGCCAAACGGCGAUGAUGAGCAGCUGAGUCAGAUCUUUUGGAAGAAGCCGAGGAUCCGCCAGUACCUCAUUCGACACACGACGUUGAUUAGAGAGGCGGAGGAAAGGACGACGACGUGGCUGGAGCUGUUGUUUGAUUUGUUGUUUGCGGGGAUCGUAGCCAUAUUGGGAAGCGCCUACAUUGGCACCGAGUCCCCGCUGGAUCUCCCGCAGUUUUCGAUUCUGUUCCUCAUGAGCAUCAGACCGUGGGUGGACAUGGUGAUGUACUACAAUGUCUUUGCGAGCGACGAUGUGGCACAGAAGGGGUUCAUUGUUUGGAUCAUGGCCCUAGUCGUCGGACUCGGCAUCAACUGCACAGAAGCCAUUUCCUCAACCCACACCAUCUUCAUCGUCUUCUACCUCCUGAUCCGCUUCUCGUUCGCCCUAACCUACCUCUCCUACUAUCCCCUCUUCCCUCAAUUCCGCGCCUCCCUCGUCCAAUCCGCCCUCCCCUCCUUCGUCAGCGCCGUCUUCUUCAUCAGCUCCAUCUUCUCAAAAGAGCACAAAUACUCCCUCUGGUGGGCAGGGAUCGCCUUCGACUACCUCCUCAACCCGUGCAUCCUCCUCGCCUCACGAUACAUCCCCUGGAUCCCGCGGCCCGUGCAUCGCCUCGCUGUCAGUAUCGAGCACCUCUCGGAACGCAACGGCUUGUUCCUCAUCAUCGUGCUGGGUGAAGUCAUGGUCGCCCUCUUCUACACAUCCUUCUCAGCCACCCCGGACCUCUCGUACGUCAAAGCGGUCCUGGCACUCAUCCUCGCCCUCAACCUCGCCUGGAUCUACUUCGACGUCGACGGAUCCCGGCAGGAGAUUCAUGCGAUGCGCAGGCACGCUUGGACGGGGAUCACGUGGAAUCUAUCCCACAUCCCCAUGUUUGGCGCCGUCGUCCUCGCGGGUGUCAGCGUCGAGGUGAUGGUGCGCGCCACCGACGACGGUGCGGGUGAUCAUCACGCCGAUGCACCUGGGGGCGGCCACAACUUUUCAACAACAACGUACCGCACCUUCUUUGGAUCGCUGGCGGUGACGCUGUCCUGCAUGACCGUCAUCUCCCUCACCCACAGGUCGCUGCACGCCUCGCGGCUGUCCAAACGCGUGCGCACCGUCGCAAGGAUGGCUGUCGCUGUGUGCUUUGCGGCACUGGCCGCGGCCGCGAGUGACGAGCACCCGCUGAUGACUUCGGCAAAAUGCGUUGCGCUGGCCGCGGGCGCGACGUUGGCGUUGGUUGGGCUGGAAACCUGGAGUCGGUUGGGUGGGAUUUCGAGACAUGUGCAGGGUGUGGGGACGCAGGAUGUGAAGACGGUCACGGAGGAGGGGAAUGUUGGGGGGGAUUGUAAUGGGAUGCAGUAGAAGCAUGUUCGAUCCAUGUAGUGAUGUAGGAAGGGAGGCGGGGAGGUUGGCUGGGCUGGUUUCUGGCUAAAACCUUCGCGAGGACAUACACGCAAUGCGUCCAUAUAUUCACAUGAUUUUUCACACCCAACCUCGACGCCGAUGGGUGACAUUCCCCAUAUGUACUCUUAGUUUGUAAAUAUAAUUGAGUGCCUCCUAUGUGCAAUUCAUACGUAGACGAUGAGCAACCUUUCAUCAAUAGACAUUCAUG